CGCUUUAAUAAAACGGGGUACGCCGAGCCGGAGAACUACAGCCUGCACGUCCUGUUUCAGGAGACGUUCACAGACUUCAGUUUGACACUAAGACGAAUAUUAAGAAGAUAAUAUUUUUUUCUGUAUUACACUGAACUGUUUGGGAAAAGAGGACCGCGAAAUAAUGGGAGACAAGAUUUGCAAUGGGACACAUAGCAAAAAGCCGCUGCUGUCAGACUCUCAGAUGUUUGAAGCCCAGUUUGAGGAGCUGGUGACUGAGCUGACAGAGAGGGACUUCACUGAUCCUGCCCUGGCCGAUGCCCUCAACAGGCUCAGAGAGGUUCUGGUGUACAAUGCCCCUGGAGGCAAGAGGAACCGGGGCCUCUCUGUGAUAGGCUCACUGCGGGAGCUUGUCCCAUCCACUGAGCUCACCCAGGACACUGUACAGCAUGCUCUGCUGAUUGGAUGGUGCAUUGAACUGCUUCAGGCAUUUUUCCUUGUGGCUGAUGAUAUCAUGGAUGCAUCUGUGACUCGACGAGGACAGCCCUGCUGGUACAAGAAGGAUGGAAUUGGUAUGGAUGCCAUCAAUGACUCAUUUCUUUUGGAAGGGUCAAUCUACAGACUACUUCGCAGACACUGCAGGGACAAACACUACUACUUCAACCUACUUGAAUUAUUUACUGAGACAUCUUUCCAGACGGAACUCGGCCAAGCCCUUGACCUCAUGACUGCUCCACCUGGUCAGAUUGACCUCAACAGAUUCACAAUGGAGAGGUAUAAAGCUAUUGUGAAAUACAAGACCGCUUUCUACUCUUUCUACCUCCCAGUGGCUGCAGCAAUGUACAUGGCAGGAAUCAAAAGUGAGGAGGAACACAAUAAUGCCAAACACAUCUUGCUUGAGAUGGGAGAAUUCUUCCAAAUACAGGAUGACUACUUAGAUUGUUACGGUGACCCCGCUGUGACUGGGAAGAUUGGUACAGAUAUCCAGGACAACAAAUGCAGCUGGCUAGUAGUAACAGCACUGGAAAUUAUGACUCCUGAGCAGAGAGCAGAGCUGGAGGCAUGUUACGGACAGCAUGAUGAAGCUAGUGUGGAAAAGGUGAAAGCACUGUACAGUGCACUAGAAAUGCCAACACUCUACCGCAAAUAUGAAGAACAAAGCUAUCAGCGGCUCCAGAAACUCAUCGCCUGUCACGCACAAAACCUUCCCCACUCUGUCUUCCUCAACUUUGCCAAGAAAAUCUACAAGAGGAACAAGUGAGAAAGAAUGGUGAAACAUGUAUAAGCUGAAGCAGGUGCAUCAACAUGGGUUCCUUUUGACUUUUACUCUGAUGCACUGAUCUGCCCCUCUUUCUUGAGGAGGACUAUGAAAGGACUGAGACUCUGACUUGAACAGCAUGACCCAAACAGGACUGUGUCAUUUAGAAAUCCAACAAACACUCUACUGUAGAUAUUUUUGCUUGUGAAUGUCAAAACUAUGCUGUUUAUGAUCUCAGUCUGAUGAAGAAGUCCCAUUAAUACAUGUUUCUAUGUACAGAUUCCCCCUGAGGUAAACAAUGGUACCAUCAAAAAAAAAAAAAAGGCCAAAAUGAGACAUGGGCUGCAAGUAAUUUUGCAGCUAUUUCAUGUAUUGGUUAAUUUGCUGAUAAUUUUAAUGAUUAAUUAGAUGUCUCCUACAUCCAUUGGCAUUCGUUUAACGGAUAAGGCAUCAAAAACUAUUUUAUUCAUGUAAGAAAAGACAUAAAUCUUCAUAUUGAAGCAGCUCCAACUAGCAAAUGCCUGACAUUUCUCCUAAAAUAUACUGAAAUGAUAACAAGUAAUCAAUAUUGAGUCAAUUUAAAUUUGUAUAUUUGGAGUAUUUGUUAUUUGAAGGCAGGACAGGUAUGACAGUAGAUGCAUUAAAACCUAAUUCCAUUUAUUAUUUUUAUAUUGCUGCUACUGUAAUAUAUAUCUGCGCUGACAGGAAUGUCAUUGCUUUUAAUAUAUAAAUAAAAUAUGAUUGCUA